UAUUUAAUAUGGAAUUUCCUAUGGAUUGGUUGGAAUUCAUUUUUAAUAUGUUUCUACUUAAAUGUGGGGACAUUGGAUAGAGACAGCGAUUUACUAAAUCUAGGUACUGGUAGUGUCUCUUGGUUUGAAGUGAAUGGUUACGGCUGUAAGCCCAUCUAUAAUACAAAUAUAACCUCAGAGGAUCCCUAUCGUCCUAUACGUCCUGAAACUGUAGAUGAUUGUCUACUUACUUACGAUAUAGUGGAGGUUGUUCAGUCGGGAGUACAAUGUGUUUUAGCGUUCUUUGGUAUUUUGGGAGCCAUUUUAAUAAGUUAUAUUUUCCUGGAUGAAGAUGACAGAUUAAAUCUUAUAUCAAAUGUUAAUUUAGGUCAUAGUUCAAGUUUGGUUCCUUAA